GGGCUGGGAUGAAGGAGAGAGGUGUUUGGAGAGAGGCUCAGGUGUGCGUGACUGGAAAACGGAGGAAGCAGCUCAGCGAUGAGCAUCGGCUCCUCUGGCUGUUUGACAUUGGACUAUCGGCGGUCUCUUUCCUCUGUGGUGGAAACACUGUGAUCAAGCAGGGGGGGCAGCAAGUGAGUCAGAGACAUUCAGAUUCCAGUAAGGUUUAUGUAAACCUCCUCUCUGUCACCUGUUACUGUGGAGACCGUCUCAUCUUUGUAAUUGGAGGAGCUUGGAUUGCAUUCAGCCAAUGAGUCUGAGCCCAGAAUUUCUUUUGGAUUGUUCAGGUUGCACUGCUGCACCUGUCUCAGCUGCUGCACCCUAACACCAGGCGGGAAAAAAGAAUGCACUGAAACACAAUCGUUUUUUUGUCAAGUCCUUGGAUGCGCCGCCAGCUCUUGUCAUGGGAGGGAAAACUACUUUUCGGACAAGUGGCAUCUAGUGACGGCUCCGCCGCGCCAAUCUGAGAUCCUCUUCUUUGUCAACUCAGCGGAUCAAGAUGUUGCUUUGGUUGCUGCUGGUUUUGAGUGUUUGGGUGGGAUCGGAGGAAGCCAGCUCCGCUCAGUCCAGUGAGAGGCGAGUGGUCGCACACAUGCCUGGAGACAUCAUCAUUGGAGCCUUGUUCUCUGUUCACCAUCAGCCGCCUGCUGACAAGGUACAUGAGCGUAAAUGUGGUGCUGUGAGGGAGCAGUAUGGCAUUCAGAGGGUGGAGGCCAUGAUGCACACGCUGGAUCGCAUCAACGCCGAUCAGCACAUUCUGCCCAACAUCAGCCUGGGCUGCGAGAUCCGGGACUCCUGCUGGAACUCCGCCGUGGCUCUGGAGCAGAGCAUCGAGUUCAUACGGGACUCGCUGGUCUCGUCCGACGAGGCCGAGGAGUGGGGCGGAGGAGGAGCCUGGGGAGGAGGAGGAGGUGGCACAACAACGAUGAAGUGCACUGACCCCGCCGCAACUCCAAUGCGAGGAAAGAAACCGAUCGUGGGUUUGAUUGGACCGGGAUCGAGCUCGGUGGCCAUUCAGGUCCAGAACCUGUUGCAGCUGUUCAACAUACCGCAGAUUGCCUACUCUGCCACAAGCAUGGACCUUAGUGAUAAGAGCCUUUACAAAUACUUUAUGCGGGUGGUGCCCUCUGAUGCUCAGCAGGCACGAGCCAUGGUUGACAUUGUGAAGAGAUACAACUGGAGCUAUGUGUCUGCUAUCCACACUGAAGGGAACUAUGGUGAGAGUGGGAUGGAGGCGUUCAAGGACAUGGCAGCCAAAGAAGGCAUCUGUAUUGCUCACUCAGGCAAAAUCUGGAGCAACGCCGGAGAGCAGAGCUUUGAUCGCCUGCUGGAGAGGCUGAGAGCGCACCUGCCCAAGGCCAGAGUGGUGGCAUGUUUCUGUGAAGGCAUGACUGUCCGCAACAUCCUCAUGGCCAUGAGACGUCAGGGACUCGUGGGGGAGUUCGUCCUCAUCGGCAGUGACGGAUGGGCGGACAGGUACGAUGUGACAGAUGGCUUUGUAAGGGAAGCAGCUGGGGGUAUCACCAUCAAGCUCCAGUCGGCUGACGUGAAGUGGUUCGACGACUACUACCUUAAACUCCGCCCUGAAAACAACCCGAGGAACCCCUGGUUCCCAGAGUUCUGGCAGCAUCGGUUUCACUGUCGCCUUAAAGGUCAUCCACAGGAGAGCAACAAAUACAAUCGAACUUGUGGCAAGCGGGAGUCGCUCCGGCAGCAGUACGCACAGGACACCAAGAUGGGAUUCGUCAUCAAUGCCAUCUACUCCAUGGCAUAUGGCCUGCAUAAUAUGCAGCAGGCACUUUGCCCAGGCUAUCAGGGUCUGUGUGAAGCCAUGCGACCCAUAGACGGUGCGACACUGUUGGACUUCCUGAUGAAGACUAACUUCACUGGAGUUUCUGGGGAAGGAAUCCUAUUUGAUGAAAAUGGAGACUCUCCUGGAAGAUAUGAAAUAAUGAACUUUAAGAAGAUGGGGAAGGACUACUUUGACUAUGUGAACGUUGGUAGUUGGGACAAUAGUGGCCUGAAGAUAGACGAUGACGAAAUCUGGUCCAGCAAAGACACCAUCAUUAAAUCCGUGUGCAGUGAACCCUGUGAUAAAGGACAGAUUAAGGUGAUCCGUAAAGGUGAGGUGAGCUGCUGCUGGACGUGCACUCCCUGCAAAGAGAAUGAGUUUGUGUUUGAUGAGUACACCUGCCAGGCCUGUGAGCUGGGCUCCUGGCCGAACGACGGGCUCACAGGCUGUGACCCAAUACCUGUGGAGUACCUGCGCUGGGGCGACCCCGAGCCCAUCGCUGCGGUGGUCUUUGCCUGCCUCGGUCUCAUGGCCACAUUCUUUGUCACAGCCGUCUUCAUUCGGUUUCGAGACACUCCAGUUGUGAAAUCCUCCAGCAGGGAGCUGUGUUACAUAAUCCUGGCAGGGAUCUGCCUCGGAUACCUGUGUACCUUCACUCUCAUCGCUAAACCCCACGUCAUUCAUUGCUACCUCCAACGACUGGGAAUUGGAUUAUCACCUGCCAUGAGCUACUCCGCACUCGUCACCAAGACAAACCGCAUCGCUCGGAUCCUGGCAGGAAGCAAAAAGAAGAUCUGCACAAAGAAACCUCGAUUCAUGUCUGCCUGUGCUCAACUCAUCAUUGCCUUCCUCCUCAUUCUGCUCCAGCUGAGCAUCAUCGUGGCUCUUUUCAUUAUGGAGAAUCCUGAGGUGAUCCACGACUACCCCAGCAUCCGGCAGGUCAACCUGAUUUGCAACACCACUAACCUUGGAGUUGUGGCCCCCUUGGGAUACAACGGCCUGCUCAUCCUCAGCUGCACCUUUUAUGCCUUCAAGACCCGCAAUGUUCCUGCCAAUUUUAACGAGGCCAAGUACAUUGCAUUCACCAUGUACACCACCUGUAUUAUAUGGCUGGCGUUUGUUCCCAUCUACUUUGGCUCCAACUACAAAAUAAUCACCAUGUGCUUCAGCGUCAGCCUCAGUGCCACGGUGGCUCUCUGCUGCAUGUUUGUACCCAAGGUGUACAUCAUUCUGGCCAAACCAGAGCGUAAUGUGCGCAGUGCCUUCACCACCAGCACAGUGGUGCGCAUGCAUGUGGGCGACGGUAAAUCGUCCUCUGCUGCGAGCCGCUCCUCCAGCCUGGUGAACCUUUGGAAACGCAGAGGCUCCACCGCAGAGACACUCAGCUCCAACGGUAAAUCAGUGUCUUGGGCCCAGACGGAGCGCACCACUUCACGGGGUAACCACCUCUGGCAGCGGCUAUCCUUCCACAUCAAGAAGAAAGAGAACAAUCAGACUGCAGUCAUUAAGCCCUUCUCCAAAACCUCAGAGGAGCGGUACUGCAGCGGGUCCGACCUGCCGCCACAUGUACCGCUCCCGUCCCUCCCCUCCCUGUCCUCCCUGCCCACUCAUGCCGACAGCAGCACCGAUAAAACCCUCUAUGAGCUGUCGGAGGUGGAGGAGCACUACUCCAUUACGUACCAGCCCCAGACGCCUUCACCAAUCAGCACCGUCAGCCAGAGGAUAGCAGCAAACCUGGGAGACGAGCCUCAGAUGGCCUCUAUUCCAAAGUACUCCAGCAGCGUGGGCAGCAGCAGCAGUUGCGGACCAUCCAGCAGCGGCUCCAUAGCGGCGGGUUGCGACAACCGCUUGGUUGCCAUGGACGACCACCCCCCUGUGGUGCAGAAUUCGCUGAUGGAUCAGAUCAGCUGCGUGGUCAACCGCUUCGCCGCCAACAUCUCCGAGCUCAACAGUAUGAUGCUCUCCCCCUCUCCCACGCACUCACACACGCACAAGCCCUUACCACCUACGCCGAUGUCCAAGCCCUGCCCCCGGUGGAGUCCAACCGGGGCGGCUGCCUCGCUCACCCCAUGCCCCGCUCCCCUUACCCUCACACCUCCCCCUCCCUCUCCCCCAUGCGAGGGGGCAUGGUGCCCUGCUUAGCCGACCCCUCGUUGAGGAGGGAGGAGCUGGAGGAGGAACUAAUCGCUUUGACUCCACCAUCGCCUUUCCGCGACUCCCCCACAUCCAGCUGCGGCUCCCUGAUCUCCGAGUCGGGUCUCUAUGUCCCCCCAGUCCCUUCCCACCCUCCGCCCUCCCCCCCUUCACCCAGGUACACCCGACUGACACUCAGAAACUACAGCCAGAGCUCCUCAUCACUGUGAGGCAGACAGCAGGCAAGGUUGGUGGAAAACUUAGACUGAGAUCAUCUUAAAUCAACCAUGUGUGGAAAACAAGCAGGGAGGUCACUGAACACACCGCGCUGCGUUCACAUGUCUGCAGUGAGAUACAGGGUUAGAGGUGUGCCAAUGUCGUGUUUUCUCGCCGUUGAAGACGACCGCUGAGAUGGUCAGAGGCUGUCGGGGAGAGACGGCCUCUUUGGGUUGAGGAAGCUGCCUUAAAACGACUCAGCUCCCAACUGACUAGCGAUGGGAUGUUUGUGUGUUAGUGAGUGUUUCACCUGUGUCUACGGGAAAGGAAGGGUUCUGAAAAAUAUCAGGCUGAGCGGAAGACUCAGCUUAUCGGUUAUCAAGGGCAACAUAAAGGAUAUUUGCUCUCAGACGCACAUGCAGUCAAUCACAGCACACCCUUACACACCUAAUGUAAGCGAAAGCAGUGUAAAUAUAGAGGUAUGUAUUUUUCUUCUGUGACUAAAUCCUACAUGCUUCUGACUAAAGUGCUUUGUGUGAACUCUAACAUACAACGGCUGUAUGUUACAGUGAAGAACUACAUCGCGUUUUGAUUUUUCCGCUCUCCAUGACACUCCCACCACCAUCCUCGUCUUUUCCCGACACUUUUCCAGUAUUUUCUACUCCUUUAACACAUUUCUUCAGAGGUUUGAAUGUAUAUUUUUUACAUGACUCCUGAAGGGACCAAAUCUUUUUGUAGCUUUGUGUAAAGGGAGAUGAGGGGUUGACGGGUCCAGGCCUUGGUUUAAACACCACACAUCUUCAUCUCGCUCAGUGAUGGGAAGUCUGACCUUAAAGCGUGUGGCAUUUACCUGCAUUUUUCAAGGCGCGGCUGGAUCCCAGUUGCAACAUUUUUAGAACAAUGUCUGCUGUGAGGGGGAUUCAUUGGAGAUGCAGAAAUCCUGGUUUCUGUGGACACAUACUGAUGGACUCAAGCUGAGAAAUAACCUCUUUGUUUAGCCUUUUUGAAGGUCAGCUGCCUGCAUGUGAGUGCUAUGACUUUUCAUUAUUCUCCACUGUUUUUGAGACAAAGCAGCAUCAGAGCAACUCAAACUGAGCAUAUGUUUGUCAUAUGUUUGUCUCAAAAGACCAGAGUGUAGCACAAUAACAAUGGCAGCAAAGAAGAGCAAAAAAACCAACACAGAAUCUAGACAAAGUUCAACAAACACCGAGUCACUUUGCUGAGAACUGAGUAAGACUGAGAGAAAAGUUUGGUUCUUUCAUUGUUUCAUCUCUCUAAAUCCGGAUUCUGAGAAUAAAAAUGCAAAUCACAUCAACAAGUCAUUCAAUGCAAAAAGCAAAACAAAAAAUAGCAUUGCAUUUUAGAACACAGAACAGAUUUACAAAAUCAUAAAGGUGUUAAAAAAAUAUUUAGGAAGAAAAAGACUAAUUUCUAGAGAUGAAAAUUAAUUGUUCAAAAAUUAAGUAAUAAAGGAAAGUGGAAAAGGUAGGCCUUAUCAGGACAUCACUGAUUGGGUGAUGAUGCUUGACUUUUAAAGAAAAGGCAAAGCAGAAAGAUGUUUUGACUGAAAACUAUUUUUGUUUUCUUCUUUUUUUUGUUUCUUUUUUAAAUUACAGUUUCGUUUCUGAAAUUGUGUUUAGAUUUUCGUUAAAUUUGAUGUUAUCUUAGUCUUUGUUUUGCUUUUUGCAUUGUUUAAAAUAUGAUCUUUAAUAUGUUUUUUUUCAUUUAUGUGAUUUGUUGAUAGGAUUUUCACUUCAGGGCCACCGUAGAACCACCAUAUAGCUGUUGGGUUUUUAGAAGAACACCAGAACUCUGAUAUGAAAGGUGGGGUAAAUAAAUUACUGCCGUCUUCUUUGCUCUUCAUACAAUUUUAAAUCACACUACAAUCAUUAAAAAAAAAAAAUCAAUUUUAUUCUACGCAAAAUCAGAUCUAAGUGGUUUAACAUACCCCGUCCACUUGGACCAAAUGCAAUUAAAGGUGUCCUUCAUGCACUGAAAAAGAAAAA